ACACACUACUACUACGACGACGGGGACGGAACGGGUGCCGCUAUAAGGAGCUUCGCUCCUAAUAAAAUUAAUUUUAUUUAAUGAUAAAGACAUGACAAGUCGGAAAUGUCGUGCCAUUACUCUUUUAACCGAAGUGUCGGAUCAGCUGACAUCGAGUGAACAGAAGUGAACUGUAGGCGGUACUGACGCUGCGUUCUUAACAUUGUUCGUGGUAACUGUUGCCGGCGAACCGUCUCAGAGCUCGUCGUUCGACAGGGCGGCACCCUUCGUGGCCUCCGGAUCGGCCGUGGAGGUCCGCCCAGCCAGUACCAGUCUGUGCUUUCAUGGGACUAAGCCAGAUGGAGCGCCACUUUCCCGCUGACCUUUGACUUCGGUCUUGUUCAGCCCAGUCCUUAAAUAGGUGAGCCGUAUCGGAGGCCGGGAAAAGCGCAGGCUUGUGCUCACGGCGUUGACGAGAGCGCCCAGAGCGCAGGCGACGGUAGACGACGUCCGCGGAUGCACCCAGUAUGACGCCAGUGCGCGGACGACGACGACGACCUUACACGGAUCGCUUCAUCUGAGCCAGAAAGAGCGCGCCGGGAGAGGGCCUUGAGCAAGCCGGACGACGCGGGUGGUGGUGUGCGACUGCAGCGAACCCCAGAGGCUGUAGAGGGCAGUAGCAGGAGCAGCAGGCAGAGAGGGGCCCAGCGGCCGCUGAGGCGGCGCUGUCGGGCGACCUGCGUGGCGUUGCGGCGCCAUGCAGAGCCUGCGUGAGCUCACGGGCCUGGACCCACACGAUCUGACCUCGGAGGAGGACCUGGUGUUGGUCAGGCCCCACGAGCCCCGGCCGUCGCUCGAGCCUCUGCCCGACGGGGUCCGCGAGCACCGCGACGGGGCCUACCUGCGCCUCAGUCGAGACGCGCUGGUAGCAGGACACAGGGCGGGGUGCUUGGGCAAGAUCAGCGCCCAGGUCGCGGUGUUCGCGGGCUGCCCCCGCUUCUGCUGCUCCCGUCGCUUUCGGGAGGCAGUGGCGCAGCUGUGCUCCCGCGCCGCCACAGUGGUGCUGGUGCACAACUUCAACAACCUGUGGGACCUUCUCGCCCUGUUCCCGGCGCUGGACACCCUCUACCUGCUGCACGACCUCGCGGUGCACCAGCAGUACUUGACGCCCUCCGCGAAGGACGACGGGCUGCCGCACGCUCUAGCAAAUGGCGAGUCGGGUGACUGUGCCUCGCUGUCGCCGGUGCGUACCAGUCUUCGGCUCUUGUACGGUGACUGCAACGCCCUGCGCCUGAACCACCUGUUCCUGGGCACCGGGGCGGCCUUCAGCCUGGCGGAACAAUGCGCAAAGCUGACCGAGCUGGAGGCCAACAUUGUGGAGCAGGCGACCGGCGCAUCACCAAAGCUCCCCGAGUUCGAUGCGGAGGCCGGAGCCCUGCGGCAAUGGAGCAGCCUGGUGCUGGGCUGCGCGCUACCCACCAAGGAGGUGUACGUGUCGGCGGACAUCGUUCUGGAGGUGGCUAAGCGUUGUCCCGUGCUCCGCCACCUGCAGAUCAUCGCGGCCACCGAGGUGGCCGUCUACAGCGCUGGCGCAUUCCAGGUGCGCUCCGCGAACAGGGCCGCAUGGGAGCGUAUUCCGGCGCAGAAGUCUCUGAGCCGCGGAAAGCUUUGUCGCUGCUUCCCGCGUUCUCUCUUUUGCGCCCCCCAGGAGCUGCGUUCCCUGUCGGCGCUGUUCUGCUCGGCUGACGGCUCGUCGCCGAAAAGGUGUCGCUACCGCGCCGUUUCCGCCGUGCUGUCCAAGUUCUCGCUCGAGGCCCUCUGCUUGCGCGCUUUCUCGGGCGUCAGCCUGACCGGGCUGGCGACCAGCUGUGCCCGACUGCGCCGACUGCAGCUGGUCGACUGCGAACUGUGCGACCUCGACCUGCUCGACGACGCGUUCCCCCAGUUAGAGGAGCUAGAGGUGAGCUACGUGCCGCCCAAGGGUUUGGUGCGGCUGAUCGCCGCCUGUCCGAACCUCAGGUCGCUGUCGAUCCUGGACCGGGGCGCCUCGUUCUGCUUCCUACGCGAGGCCUCGUGUCCCAAGGCGGGACGCCUGACCAAGCUCGAGCAGCUGGCGCUGAACGCCGACCGGUCGCUGAGAGACAUGGGGCUCGAGGAGCGCGACCUGCGCAUGACCGUGGAUGCCCUGCCCGCCCUGACUCGCGUCGCCGUCGACUCGUACGAGGCGCGCCUCUUCCUGAGAGUGUACGCGCCCAACCUGGAGCUCGGCUGGUCGUCGUGCGCCAUCUGCGCGGCCAAGUUCCCGCUGUGGAACAAGGAACUCGAGGACCCGUGGGCGCACGCGCAGAAGUCCCCGGACGGCUGAGACCUCUCGCGGCAGGGCGCGGAACUAGCGCGGAAGAAAGGCCUGGACACGAUGCACAGGGAUUGAUUGCAUAAGACCCAAUAUGCUGCAUGGCGGCGAUCGGUGGCCACGUCUGCAACUACACGGAGCUCCCACCUCUAUUGCCGCAGAGCCACGUCGAUGCAGCAGCCGGAAGAGGCAGCGCAACACGAGGCGAACCUUCCUGCCGACGCCGCCGUUCAGCCGCCCAUGGUUGCCAACCGCGGUCGAGGAUGCGGAUGUGACCCAAGUUCAAGUCCUGCCUGGGCUCUGCGAUAUGCCUGGGCUCCUGGUGCGAAGCGGAGGAGGCCAUAACCUGCACCUCGCGGAUACCCUGGUUCGAGAGCAAGUGCCAGUGCUGUGACUGGUGCCUCCUGCGGACGCUCGCGUGUAUCAAUACAGACCAUGACCGGGGAAGCUUCCA